CCUUGCUUUCCGAUAUUGCUAGAUGCCCUAGAUUGAUCUUGUGUAUUUCCUGUUUCAGUCUUAGGUUCAGCCGUUUCUCUGGGGAACCCUGGUCCCCUCUGUUGGAGAUGGUGUUAGAAACCACAAGCUGGAUGCUGGUGUGCUCAUUUUGACCAUGCUGGCAUUGCUUUUAGGUCCUCUCAGCUGAUGAAGCAAGGAAAUGUCUGUGUGUACUGACCUGUGUAUAUACACAUAUCACUAAAUACUUCUGUAUGGAACCAUUUGUUUCUCUCUGCCCGGAUGGCCCUCGUCUUCGUGUACGGCACCCUGAAGCGGGGUCAGCCCAACCACAGGGUCCUGCGGGACGGCGCCCACGGCUCCGCAGCGUUUCGGGCGCGCGGCCGCACGCUGGAGCCCUACCCGCUGGUGAUCGCGGGGGAGCACAACAUCCCGUGGCUGCUGCACCUGCCCGGCUCGGGGCGCCGCGUGGAGGGCGAGGUCUACGCGGUAGACGAGCGGAUGCUGCGCUUUCUGGAUGACUUCGAGAGUUGCCCGGCCCUGUACCAGCGCACGGCGCUGCGGGUACAGCUGCUGGAGGACCGGGCCCCGGGCGCAGAGGAGCCGCCAGCGCCCACCGCGGUGCAGUGCUUCGUGUACAGCAGGGCCACCUUCCCGCCAGAGUGGGCCCAGCUCCCGCACCAUGACAGCUACGACUCCGAGGGGCCGCACGGGCUGCGCUACAACCCCCGGGAGAACAGAUAAGGGGGACGGGCAGGGUGGGCCUAGGUUUGAGAGCCCUGGGGCUCCAAGAUGCGCCCAGCCCGCUGGGUGAAGGCGGAAGCAGAACAGGGCCCUUUCCAACGAAUCUGCGGGAAAAGGAACCAAUCUUUCAGUGGCAGCUGAUUUUACAAAUAAUGUUGAGAUACGAAUAGCAAGGUGCUUCCCUCCCAUCUUUCUACCUGGUAAGAAAAAUUUAGGAUUUUAACUCCCCUAAAUGACAUUUAGAGAACUCGUGUUAUGCCUAAUUCUUCUUCCUCCUCGUGUUGUUUCUGCUGUUGGCUCUGCUUUGAGCUCAAGAUAAUAUUUAGGAUCAGUGUAAAGACUUGGUGUUGCCGCUAGAUUUUAGAAGCCCUACUAUACUGAUUCUGGCCUGUAACCCCUGAGAAAGCUGAUUUUACACGGCUGGGUAGAAUUUGUAAAAAAAGAUCCACAGGGCAAGCAUGCUGUAUAUCAGAGUGCAUAUAGCACCAUUCUUCCUAAUUUUCAGAUCAAGCUUCACAGCAAAUAUUAAAGAUUAUUUAAAUUUGAA